AUGACCCACAUCCUUCCCCCUCACCAGGAUCUCAACAUCGCACCACACUCGUCUCUCCAGUCGGCGCUCCAGAUGGAUCCUGCAGCCCAGCCACAGCCCCCGCCUCCUGAUCACCCUCAGCCCCAGCCUGCCGCCCCUCCAUCAGCCGCCCCCCCUUCCAGGAAACGCAAAAAGACCGACUCGAAUGGCCACGAGCCCUCCACGCCCGCUGAGCCACGACGGCUCAGGCGAUCUCAUGAAGCCUGCGCACGCUGCAGGAGCAAGAAAAUCAAGGCAAGUCCCGACGGAUGCACCGCCUGCGCGACCGCAGGGACCCCCUGCCAUCAAGAGGACAGACACAGGCAGACGCUCACCCCCCGUGGAUACACUGAGCGCCUCGAACGCCAGCUCUCCCAAUGCGACGCUCUCUUGAAGCGCCACAUGCCAAACUUCGACAUCAAUAAUUUGGAAGACAUCUGCGCCCGCGAGGGCAUCGACGUCGAAAUGCCCAUGGCCCAGCCUGCUUCAGCGUCUGCUGCAUUCCAGUUUGCCCCUCCAGGUGAGAAACUCUCUAUCUCUUCCGAUCCAGUCCCAUCAAGCCUAAUCGCAUCUGCAGGAUCGUCGCCCCCUAAGGGCUACCCCCCCUCCUUCCCCCCUCCGCCUCAACACAUGCUUCCUCCUGGCUAUCCGCACCCAAUGCCAGGGUACUAUGGCGGGCCGCCCCCUGGCUCACCGUAUGCUCACCACCCCCACAUGGCCAUGCAUCCACCUCCAGGAUUCAACCCACACAUGGUUCCCACAUUUGUUCCUCCUCCGCCUCCUCCUCAACUUCCGCACGUGCCGCACGCCCCGCCUGCACAGCCUCCCCGCCCCUCCUCGUCGGGCGGGGGCGACAUCAAAGGACAGGACCCUCAAUUUAAUGACAUGUCUAACACUCAGGCGUUGGCCAAAAACUUCGGGGUCUCUCAGGCCAUCGUGCAGGAUAUGAAUUUAGGGCCACAGCCCUUGGACAAGGAAGACAUCGCCGUCGGCUCGAACGCCCUAAUAUCCGGCCGCGAUCGUGACAUUACAGAGAGUGCGCUCCCGCGUGAUGCUGCUAAAUGGGUUCACAUCGCUGUCCGACGGAACAGUGUUGCUGCUCCUCCGGUCCCGUCCGCCACCACGAGCCCGACGCAAUCCGCAGCCACCCUGGCCACCCAGUACUCGGUUCCCGUCUGGCUCCCGAAGGACCGCGACAUGGUGCGGACGAUUUUGGAUGUUUACUUUGAACGACUCAACCAUCAUCGGCCUGUGUUCCUCCGGCCCGAGUUUGAGCGCUCACUUGAGGAUUUAUACGCGGGCGAGGCCGUACAGCAUGACCCUGGGUUCAUAUGUUCGGUCUAUCUUGUGCUCGCGUUGGGUACGUUGAGCGAGCUUAACCAUCGCGCGUGUGGAUUGGACCAAGAGGCAAAAGCGAGCGCAAAGAGCGGCAGCUUCUCGAACCCACCGAACGUGAAAAAACUGAUGCCGCCUGAGUGGCCAGAGCAUGAAGAGUUUUUCGCGCGCGCGUUGGCCGUGAAGUCUGAGUUGAGGGUCACUGUCAGCAGUCUCCAGGCGCUGAUCCUCCUCCAGUGGUACUUGUAUACCGAGCGACAAGGCCGUACGCUUUGGCGUCUGGUUGGAAGCCUGGUUCGCCUUGGAAUAGAGCUCGGCCUGAACCACGAUCCGACGACGCAAAACAUCUUUGACGAGUCCGAAUGCCAGCUGCGUAUCAGGUUGUGGGGCAUUGUGCUCAUGCACGACCGUGGAACUUCUAUCUUACUCGGCCGGCCCUUGGCGAUCGCGCCUUACGAUACUAACACUCCGCGCCCCAUGCCGCCGAAGAGCGGUCGGUCGGACUUGAGCGAGCACUUCUUGCUCAGCCAUCCCAUUGCCGAAUUGCAAGCGGACAUCAUCAAUUCUCUGUACACGCCACAACGCCAGUCCGCUGACGCCAUCAUGCGCCACACGAGUCGUAUCUUGAAGCAGAUGGUCGAGCUCAGGAGGCAACUGCCGGAGGGCUACAAAGACUUCUUUGGCGGAACUGAGAAGUGGCCGCUCGAGCAGAGAUGCAAGCUGGUUCAGGACAUCACCGCAGACCAAGGCUUGACGUUGUUGAAGAUCGGCAUCUCCAGGAUCUUGCUGCUGAGAGCUUUGUUUAGCAGCAAGGAGCUGCCAUAUGCCCAAAGGCACAAGGCCUUGGUAGACGCCAUCUUCGUGUCUCAUAAUAUCAUUGUUGUUCACCAUCAACUCAUCCGAUUCCCCGACAUCGCCUUCUUUGUCUCUCCCAUUCCGCUGCACAUUGCAGCGAUGGUCAUAUUGUAUGGCCACAUGUCACGCUGCGAGAGUUUAUCUCGCCAAGUCGCCCUCGAGGAUGUCUGGAUGGCUCUCGACAUGCUGCCCUCAUUCCGCUGGAGAUGGGAACGCAAGGAUUUGAACGGCGGGCACCCUCUCAUCGCAAAGCUGGCGGAGAAGGUGCUCGACGUGAACCUGCACCAAGUCGGCCCGGCGAGCCACCCCGUCCUGCUGAGUGAGCUGGAUUGGGAGAAUGAAGUCAUGGGCGUUGCGGGAGGCGGCAGGGAUGGGAGCGGCGCCACUCAAGGAUCUCACGGGGGACACGGCGGGCCGAGCUCGGGCGUGCAUCACACGCCUCCGAUGUCGCACGCUCCGUAUGGUGGCAUCGGGAGCACGUAUGGUCCAGGUACUCCGUUGAAUGGGAACAUGGGCAGCGCUCAUGGUAGCCCUCGUUCUACUCGCACCCUGAGUACGGGCGGCGCGACGCCCGCGCCUGGAGACCAGAAGCUCGCCGAGGUGCCUCCGGGUUUGUUCUAUCCGUUCUACCCAGAGUCGAACGUCGUGCCUCCGGAGCAACCCAACAACGGCGGUCCACUCAGCACCAGGCCUGGUGUGAGAGCAGAUGGGGGAGCCGGGGCCGCUGCCGGAGCGACCGCGAACGGAGACUACACACAGCUGUUGGCGGCCGCGGCGGCUCAGCAAACGGGGGGACAAUGGGGGGCUUCUAAUCAGGAUAGUUAUAUGCUGGAGGAGAAAGAUGUCGGUGUGAGUGGGGGCGUUGGGGUUAACAUGUGGAUGCCCGACCAAAGGACGAUGCAGGGCUUUGCGAUGGGCCCUCCGGCAUGA